AUGAGCCACACCCAACCGACGGCGGCAGUUUCCAAAAGGAAAUCCCUUACCUUAUCCGGUAUAAGCAGGCGUACGGACAGCCAGCCGUGUGAGGGCAGCAAUGGCUUCCAUCGCCUUCUCCUCCCUGCUGCUCCUCCUGCUCCUCUCCGCCGCCCAUGGCGCAGCGGCAGCCGGCUUCACGAGGAGCGACUUCCCGCGGGAGUUCGUAUUCGGAGCCGCCACCUCCGCGUACCAGCCUACCAGUACGAGGGCGCCGUGGCUGAGGACGGCAGGAGCCCAAGCAUCUGGGACACCUUCACUCACGCUGGGAAAAUGGCGGAUAAAAGCACAGGUGAUGUCGCUGCCGACGGGUACCACAAGUACAAGGCCAUGCAAAAGGGGAUUAUUGGCCUAAAUAUUGACUCGCGUGGACCUUAUCCUUUGACGAACUCUACUGUGGAUUUAGAAGCAACGAAAAGAUGUAUGGACUUCAAGUUUGGCUGGAUACUAGAGCCCCUUACGUCCGGAGAUUAUCCAGAAACAAUGAAGAAAAUUGUUGGUUCUCGUCUUCCAUCCUUCACAAGAAUCCAGUCUGAAGCUAUAAUUGGUACUGCAGACUUCAUCGGGAUAAAUUACUACUAUUCCAUCUAUGUGAGCAAUUGCCCUUCAGACAAAGGCGUGCGCAACUAUACUGCAGACAUGUCAAUUAGCUCCAAAACUUCUAAAACAGACCCACCAGCUGGAAAGGCUCCCGCGACGUCUUUUCCAAGUGACCCCGAAGGAUUGCAGCAUGUGCUACUGUACUUGAAAGAAGCAUGGGGAGACAUUCCCAUUUAUAUCCAAGAGAACGGCAAGUUGAUCUGGUUCCUCAUUACAAUGUUCCCAAAAAAGCAAAAAAAUAGUUCAAACAUCCUUGGAAAAACCACGCCCAUGUUUACCGGCAUCAUUAUUAAUAGUUACAGUUCGUACAUAUUUGACGAUAUGUUUUGCCCGCUCUCCUUUCUCUCUUCAGGCCAUGCAUCUUUUUUUUUGAACCGGGCAUUACCCCUUUCCAUUACUGCAACAUAACGGAAAUACAGCAGU